AGUUUAGAAAUACUACACUUCCGGUUAAGUUUUGACGCAUUUUCACCUGAUAAACAACAAAAAAGAGAAUCCUAAACGGUUAAAGAAUUGAGAGAAAAUGAAUCGUCUUUUCGGAAGAGGUAAAGAAAAACAACCACCACCAAAUCUUACUGACUGCGUGAACAGUAUCGACAGCAGAGGAGAAUCUAUUGACAAAAAGAUAGCAAGACUAGAUGCAGAACUGAAAAAGUAUAAAGAUCAAAUGAAGAAAAUGAGAGAGGGGCCGUCCAAAAAUAUGGUGAAGCAAAAGGCUCUCAGAAUUCUGAAGCAGAAGAGAAUGUACGAGAAUCAAAGGGAUAAUCUUAUGCAACAGUCAUUUAACAUAGAACAACAGAAUUACGCUAUCCAAUCACUAAAGGAUACCAAAACAACAGUGGAUGCCAUGAAAGUCGGUGUAAAAGAAUUCAAGAAGGCUUACAAACAUGUAAACAUUGAUCAAAUAGAGAAUUUACAGGAUGAUAUGGAAGAUUUAACAGAGCAGGCAAAUGAGAUUCAAGAAGUCAUGGGCAGAAGUUACGGCAUGCCUGAACUUGACGAUGAUGAAUUGGAGGCAGAGUUGGAUGCGUUGGGUGAUGAUCUUGCUCUCGAUGAAGAUUCCUCGUAUCUUGAUGACGUGGCUCUACCUAGUGUCGCAACGAGCGAACCAGGUGCAGAAAGCAUGAAAGAGGGAAAUGUGCCUGUUGAUGAAUUCGGACUGCCACAGAUUCCACAAACGGCAAAAUGAACACAACAAACCAUUAUAAAAUUAUCAAGCUAAAUUAUUUGUGAUAUAUAUAUACAAGCUUUUAUGUUGUUUGUAAACCGAGCUUGGGUGAUUUUGUACAUCUUUUUCCUUAUAAUUUAGAUGUUUGUUUCUAUAAAUUUUAUUUCAAAUAUAAAUACAUGAAGUAUAUGAAAUUUUAUACAGUACAUUGUUAAAGUAAUUAGUUAUUAUCAUAGAAGUGUUCCCUUCAUUUCCAUAUUCAUGUUGUUAUCCAUUAAUUAUUACAAUUAGAUGAAAGACUAGUCCAAAUUUAUUUGUGAUUAAAUGAUAAGCUUUUAAAAUACCAAAAACCAUUUUUAUUAGAGGGGAGAUGGGCUCUGGGCCUGCACAAUAUACAUGUACAUGAUUAUAUUACACUAGGCAUUCAUUUAAAAAACUUCAUUAAAUUAAUUUCUAACAGGACGGUAUCAAACUUAAAUCUGUGAACCUAAUGCUAAAAUGUUCAGUCAUAGUCUAGCACCUAUUGUUAGUCUAGCACCUGAUUGUAUAUAUUGUUAAUUUAAAAGUAAUAUUCAUUAGUGUUAGCUUAUCAUUGAUUAUCAUACAUUCAUUUAGUAAAUAAAGUUUUUCUUCCGAA